AUGGUUUCUCGUCUCUCCUUCUCCCUCCUCCUCAUCGUCUCCAGACUCUCAGGAGACUCCAUCGCCAUCCCAUAUAUCUAUCAUCAGGAUUACAUAAACCAUGUCAAAUACUGGUGUAAAGGGGAUUCCUGGAAUACAUGCUCUUAUGUGGUACGCACUGACCAUCCCAAUAGCAGUGGUAAGACCUCAGUAUCUGAUGCCGUCAAUCUGAGAACCUUUACUGUGACUAUGAAAAGUCUAGAACAAAGUGAUUCUGAUAUUUACUGGUGUGUAGUGGAGAAGAACGGACCAGAUGAAUGGCUAGAAUUGUUCAAACUAGUCAUUACAGACAGUCCUAUUGUUGACCAAGAGGAGACUGGAGUUGAGGGAGGUAGUGGUUUUACAUCAAUACCAACUAUUCAAGAGAUCUUUGCAGUUCAGACCACAACACAGUUUACCACCACCAUCACAAUGCCAAUACCAACUACCCAAGAGCUCUCAGUUAUGACGGGAGAAUACGCACUCUCCUCUUCCAACUUGCAGGCCUCAGUCAACAACACACACCAUGGAGCCCAGCGAUGGGAGCGAACAUUAUUCUACCUGCCGAAAACUGUUAAUGCAGUGGUCUUCCUCCUGUGCACCAUCAUGGCUGUGGUGAAGUAUAGGACAAACCGACUACGAGGUCAAACUGAGGAUUAGUAGAAACCUCUGAGGUGCCACUUGGAGUAUCACUUCACACACCACUGUGGACACACGCUCACACUCACUCACUAUGGAAAAGUUAUUAAAUGUGUUUAACAGACAUUUCAAGUGUGUGUAUAUGAGUGUUUCAUGCUUAGCCUGUGUACUUGUAAAAUGGAAGUCAUGAUGACCAAAGUGUUGUUGACAGAUAGUUAUUAAGUUGAUUCAUAGUUGAUAUUUGGUAAUUUUGCAUCAUAUGAUGCAAAAUGCAUCAUACAGGGAUGACUUCUGUAUUUUGAAGUUAUAUAUCUUGAAAACCUGAUUACUGACAAGCAAAACAUUUCGGGACUAAUGAAACAAAUAGCUGUAAUGCUCUGGGUGUAGUGGGUGCGAAGUCAGGCGCAGGAAGCAGAGAGUACAGGGUAGUGCUAUUUAUUGCACACACGGCAAACAUAAGCCACCCCACGAAACACAGGGCGCACACAAAACAAACACCCCAAACUCAGGGACUCAAACAGUCCGGAGAAAAACCCACGAACGAAACACGUCAACAUCGAAAGUGCUCAGAGCAACACAAAACAAUCCCGCACAAAGAGCAGGCGGGCCUACUGGCUAACAUAGCCCGACUAAUCAGCCUACACACAAAACAGGUGAAACCAAUAAACAGAAAGGGGAAAAAAGGGAUCAGUGGCAGCUAGUA